ACCUCAAUGCUUUGUGCAGCGUUUUAUUUUUUUAAUUGCCCAUCUGUCAUUUUAAAGAGUCGGUGCUAAGAAUGCUUUAAAACGUGCAAAUUAGCAGCUGCCCCUUGAAGAUGAUUUUUUUUUUUUUUUGGUCGGGAAGUCAGAGCGUUUUCACACUUGAGCAAAAAGCAAGCGAAGAUCAGACAAGCGAUGGCUUCCUGUUCUUGGUGGCGUAGCUGAAAUGAAACUUCCUGCCACCAAGAGCCAAGGUGAAGGCAGGCCUUCAGUUCGCUGUGUGACAUCACUCCCAUUUGCUUCACUUGAAACCAGAAGCAAGGUUUAGGGUUUGGGGAACAAGACCAGGAAGCUGCGCCUUCUGAUAAGACCGAUAAAACGAAUGUAGUUUGAAAUAAGGCAACGUUUAGGGGGUUUCGUAUUAGAAAUAUCGGUUAGGUUUGGCGUCCGAUUUGCUCUUCGUCCUCUCUUGGACUUGAGUCGACUUAAACCGUGGGUGACCACACACACCCUUACUCCCCGGACAUGGCGGGUCUCCGUGGUCUGAAGAUCUUGCUGGCCGGGGUCCUGAUGGUUGGUUUGGCUCGCUGCCAAGAAGAGUCAGGCAGCCAAAAUGGUUCAAGCACCACCUUACCUCCACACACUGGCUCAGGUUCUGUGCAACCUGUUGCCUCCUCACCUCCACUCAGCGGCCCAGUUCCUCAGACGACUGUCGCCGCCUCACCUCCACCCACCACAGCAGCUCCAUCAACCCCAGCCUCAGGCUCUCUCACCACUAUCAAACCUUCACUCACCUCUCCGUCCACAACCUCAAAAUCUCCGUCUCAGUCAAGCUCCUCAGCCAAUGUGACGGUCAAUACCUCACCUGCAAGCACCUCAAAUGAUUCUUCCACACUCGCUUCAAGCAACCACUCAUCUCCUCAGACAAUCACCCAACCUCCAAGCACUCAAGCAAACACAUCACCGGCUGCCACCACAGCAACUAAAACCAGCACAGAUCCAAAGUGUUCUUACAGUGUUGAAGCGAUCCAGUUUGGUUUCCGGAUUCAGAUGACAGAUUUUACUGCUGGUAACUACACCAUAGAUGUUGAUGAGAAGGAAGGUCCGGCUGAAAGGAAAGACACAGUUUAUUUCUCCAACAAAAACUCAACUCAUCAAAUCAAACCUCUGAAGCCGUGCACUGAAUAUGAGCUAAAUGUUACACUUAUUUGGAUCAACGAUACAGAGAUACCCUGUAACAAAACUGACAAUAAAACUACAACAACGACUGGAAUGAAGCAUCAAGACAUUACAAAAAAUGCCUCCUGCCCUUCUGGAUAUUUCUGUUACCAAAGUGGUUGGGACAUCAGCUCUUUAAAAUCAAAGCACAACAAGGUUUCAGCUGCAGAAUUUAUCAAUGGAUCAUAUCGCUUCAAACCUGCUUAUGACGACAUUUGUUCAGAUUUUUUUUUGAAAUUCCACCAACCAAACUGCACAAAAAUCUCCUUUACCCUCAGUGAACAUGUUCCUGUUGAUUUCAUUGAUCCAAAUGACAUAAAGCAAACUGGACCCACUAAACUUCCUGCACAUAUUAAUGCAACGUUUCCUCAAAGCUGUAAAGAUCUCAGCGUUGAGUACAAAUGUUCAGGAGAGGACAACACCUCCGUUGAACCAUUUGACAUGAAGCCGUUCACAGACUACAGCUGUACUGGUCUCAUCAAGAACAACAAUGUCUCCAUCAACAAGACAACUCCACCGGUCCACUUCAACAUUGACUGUGAUUUUAAAAUAAUAAACCUGAAGAACAGUUCAACCACCGAUACUUCCUUUAAGCUGAACUGGGAAACAACAAGUGAAAAAUGUCAAGGUGUUCUCCGUAAACUGGAGAAACUCUCUUAUAGCUGCAGCUGUCAGGGUGUCAAGACAAGUAACAGCAAGAAAGUCAAGGAGAGCAAUCAACCUGUUGGACGGACGUGUAACAUCACAGGACUUAAAGCAUACACAGAUUACACAUGUAAAGUCCGUCCCAUCUAUGCUGGUCAAGGUCCUUUCAAAGAGCACAAAACUGACAUCCUGACUAAGCCUGGAAUACCAGACAAAGUUACGGAGCUCAAGGAGGCAGAACCUUCAGAGAACAACGCGAUCAAAGUGAUAUGUGGACCCAAAAAUAUACAAUUUAAAGGACCACAGAAAAUAUACAUUGCAAAACUUCUUAAUGUUCCUAACAGCAAACAAGAAAACAGUGAAUGUAAUUUUGAAUUUAAAGAUCUGAGCUACUUAACAAGCUACACAGUGAAGAUUGUAACUUUCAACGGACACUACAAGAAUGAGGCUGCGCCAGUAACAGUUACAACUCGUUAUAAUGACAAAGCUCUAAUUGGAUUUCUGGUCUUUCUCAUCAUCGUCACCACUAUUGCUCUUUGUCUGGUCCUCUAUAAGAUCUACGUUCUGAAACGCAGAAAGUCACAUGAUAUGACUGAAAACGUGCAUCUGAUUGACAGAGGGAAUGAUGAAGAAAGUCUAAUGCCCGUUGAGCCAAUUGCAGCAGAACUGCUGUUGGAAACCUACAAAAGGAAACUUGCUGAUGAAGGGAGGCUCUUCCUGGGCGAGUUUCAGAGCAUCCCCAGAAUUUUCUCCAGAUACACAGUGAAAGAAGCCAAGAAGGCCUGCAACACCACUAAGAACCGCUACGUGGACAUCCUGCCAUAUGAUUAUAACCGCGUCCAACUGGCCACAGGAAACGGAGAAGCAGGGUGUGACUACAUCAACGCCAGCUUCAUUGAUGGGUACAAGGAGCCAAAGAAAUACAUCGCAGCUCAAGGACCAAAAGAGGAAACUGUGAGUGAUUUCUGGAGGAUGAUCUGGGAGCAGCAGUCAUCCAUCAUUGUCAUGGUUACUCGCUGCGAGGAAGGGAACAGGACCAAGUGUGCCCAGUACUGGCCUUCUCCUGAACGAGAGACUGAGCUCUAUGAGGAGUUCAUUGUGAAGCUGACCUCCGAAGACCACUGCCCAGAUUACACCAUUCGCCAUCUGAGCCUGACUAAUAAAAGAGAGAAGAACUCGGAGAGGGAAGUGACUCACAUCCAGUUCAUGAGCUGGCCCGACCACGGCGUCCCAGGAGAGCCACACCUCCUCCUGAAACUGAGACGCCGCGUCAAUGCCUUCAAGAAUUUCUUCAGCGGCCCAAUCGUUGUUCACUGCAGCGCUGGAGUCGGUAGAACCGGCACCUACAUCGGCAUCGACGCCAUGAUGGAGGGCCUGGAAGCAGAGGGCAGAGUGGACAUUUACGGAUAUGUUGUCAAGCUCCGAAGACAAAGAUGCCUCAUGGUUCAAGUGGAGGCCCAGUACAUCCUGAUCCACCAGGCUCUGCUGGAGCACAACCAGUUCGGAGAGACGGAGAUCCCCCUGUCAGAGCUGCACAGCACGCUGAGCACGCUCAAGCAGAAAAACUCCGACAGCGAACCCACCCUAAUGGAGGAAGAGUUUGAUCGUCUGCCCUCCUUCAGAAACUGGAGGACAUUUAACACGGGGGUCACAGAAGAGAACAAGAAGAAGAACCGCUUUUCAUCUGUUAUCCCAUAUGACUAUAAUCGAGUGUUACUGAGGACAGAGGAAGAGCACAGUCAGGACAGCGAUCCUGAAGAAGACGAGCAGGAAGAAUCAUCAGAUGAAGAAGAUGAAGACUCCACUACAUACAUCAAUGCCUCCCACAUUAAUGGUUACUGGGGACCACGCUCUCUGAUCACAGCCCAGGAUCCCAUGCCAGACACCUUCGCUGACUUCUGGCUGAUGGUUUUCCAGAAGAAAAUCUCUACUAUAAUCAUGCUUUCAGAGCACAAAGAGGAUGGUGAACCCACUUACUGGAGUAAAGAAAAGGAGACGUUUGGAGAUUUUGAGGUAGAAGUUUCAAAUACAGAAAUUUUGCCCACUUUCAUCAUCCGCACCAUGAAGGUCUGCCAUGCCAAGCGAAAAGAGAGUCGGCAAGUGAAACAUUUCCAGUUCCUGAAAUGGGAGGGCACAGAUCUGCCAGAGAAACCUCAGGAACUCAUAGAUAUGACUAAGGAAAUAAGAAGUAGCUGUGUUGGCAGCAAAUCCCAGAGGAUGCCCAUAGUCGUCCACUGCAAUGACGGAUCGACCCGUUCGGGAAUUUUCUGUGCGCUGUGGAACAUCCUGGACAGCGCAGAGACUGAGAAGCUGGUGGAUGUUUUCCAAGUGGUCAAAACUCUACGCAAGGACAGGAAGGGGAUGAUCUCCAGCCUGGAGCAGUACGAGUUCCUUUACAAGGCUCUAGAGGGCGCCUUCCCAGUCCAGAACGGAGAAGUGAAACCAGUGAAGGCUGCAGCCGCCGACAGCGUUCAGAUUGUCAACGAAACCAAAGAAGCGGCAGGAGCAGAGAAGCAGCCAGCCGAGGAGAAGGCUGAGGAGCCAGCCAGCACUACCAGCAGCGACCAACAGGCGGAGGCAGAGAGCACUCCUCUGGUGGCUGACAGUGAAAAGGAGAAGAAGGAAGAGGAGCCUGCAGCGGGCUCCACCAGCGCCCCCACGGAGUCCACGCCGCUGGAGGACACCAGCAACGGUCCCACAGUCACUGUGGAGGUCUGAGACACAAUACCUGAGCCUUUCAAUGCUUUAGUUUAAUGCUUUUAUAAGAAUUACAUUAUGAAUGUAUAAACGUUGUAAAGAUUUAACUCAUUAUGAGUCUGAGUGGAAAUUAGAAUUAAUUAGAUUAAAUAUUGCUGUUUACUGUAAGUUAUAAACAUUUUGAGUAAAAAGGUUAGUUUUUUUUUUCCUGCAGGCAAAGUUACUAGAACUGCUGUUGUCAAACUAAGGUCCAUAAAUAUGCAGUGUUGUAAAAGUUAACAAAACGGUGGCGCAUAAAUACAGUUUGGUUGGUUACUCUAAGUUUGUCUAGGGUUAAUUUAGUUUAUGUUUUGGUUUUUUGCUAAUUGCCGUUCACACACACAGCAGUCUACAUUUACAUAUUGUACAUGUGAUAUAUCGCAAUAGUUUAGCUGUUAAGUUCAAAAUUCAUUAUGUACUACUGUAUUUCCUUCCUGAAAUAAAAUAAGAAAUGUUUUAUUUAUGCAAACCUGCUUAUUGUUAAAGUAUUAAUGAAUUCCAAAAAGAGAUUUCACAUUUAACUUCUCAAAGGGACUAAUUAUUUCCAACUUUUGUGCUAUACCGGAAAAAAUUUUGUUUUAUAUUCUCCCUGCCUGCAGAAAUAAACAAUAUUUUAUUAAAAUAU